AUGAUGAACAAGAGCACUCCCGAAAAUGCAGAAAACAGUUACAACCACUCACUUUCAAAUAGUGAUACAAAAAUAGAUAAUUCUGUUCAUGAUCAUGUUGGUGGUGAACGAUAUCCAACCACCCCUUCCUCAUCCUACGAUGGGUAUCAUGCUUCUUCCAGAAACCAUCUUGAUUUAUACAAUGGUAGUAUUCAUCCACAAGAUGAUGUCAUCAUGCAACCAACAGUUCCCCCUUCCGUCGCUUUACAAACUCAAUCAUCCCAUUCAACCAUCAUUUCAACAACACCAGAAACACCUCUUUCAACACCUUCUCCAAAUUCCACAGCUCUCCCUAAGAGUGAAAGCAAACUCCAAUCAGGCUCACCCCAGAGACUCUGUGAUGUUGAUAUUGCAGCCACAACCACCACAGGCUCGUCUGCUAAGAGGAAGUUGAAAGACCAAAGCAAAACAACAACAACAACAACAACAACCGCAAGAGCAUCAUCACUUUCUCAUCGAGAUGCAAAUAUUUGUGAUCUCUCUUCGGCCAUUCCUGGACUGAAACACAAUCUUCAUCAUCCUUCCCAUCCUAAUGAUGAUCCAAUCUCUCUUCCUUACCUCAAUUCAUGUCAUUCCAUUAAUUCCUCUAGCACUUGCUUUGCUGAACUCAGACACCUUCCUUCAAAUUUUGCUCAUUCUCAACUUGGUGUCAAACCAUUCUCAUCAUCCUCAGAGUUGAUUGAAAUUCAUCAUCAUCCUCAUAAUGACCAUGGAAGAGGAGAUGAAGCCACAGCCCCUUUUCAACCCAUUGUUGUUACAACGCCAGUUCUUGUUCCUUCGAAAAUUCAUGAAGCGUUGCAAUCCCAAAAAAAUAACUUGCUCCUCGGUCAUGCGAUGAGAAUUGCAAUUUCAUUGGCAUUUGCGUGGAUGGAUUUGAACUUUGUUCUUGGAGCGGCAUUGUUCGUGGCAGGAUGUGGUUUGCUCAUUGCGAGUAAUGAAGUUUAUUUCUUCUCGGGAGUGUUGUUAUUUAUUAUAGGAAGUGCGUUUUUUCUGGUUGGACCUGUCGGAAAGCUUCUCAUUGAUUUGUAUCAAUUAGUGAGACAUGUACGAUGGGAAACGAAAUUGAAACAUUUACCAACGCUCUAUAAUGUGACUGAAGUUGUAGAUGUUAAUCAUCUACAUCAUUACGAUUCGGAUCAUAAUAAUUCCUCAAAAUCAUCAAGCGAAUUUGGCCAAGGCAGAGUGGUUGACCAAUUGGUUGAUUUACAACAUGAAUUUCGAAAGUAUAGACCUGAUGAUUUACCAUCUUUGAAAUUGAUUUUAUUGGAAUUAUUUAAUGAUGCAUUAUUAUUGCUUGGUGGAUUGACUUUCACAAUUGGCUCAUCACUCUAUAUGCUAAACCCUCCUAUGUUAAUAGUUUAUAUUGCUGAGGCAUGUUGGGCUAUCGGAGCAAUUUCAUAUUUAAUUGUGACAAUUAAUCAAUAUGCUCUAAAGCAAAUGGAGAUCAUCAAAAAUCACUCAAAAUCCUAUGAGGUCACUACUUGUAAAUGCUUUACAUUGAUGACUCUAGAUAUUGCAAGUUAUUUAUUUAAUAUUUUGAGCAGCGUGCUGUUUGUAAUUGGGGCUGGAUGCUUUUUAGUGAAUCAACGAUCCUUGGAAAUUACAGGAGAAGUCAUUUGGAGUGGUGGUUGCAUAAGCAUGAUCAUUGCCAUCACUUUUGCCAGAAUUAUUUGGCUAAAGAACACAUUUUGCUCAUCCAAAACAGUUUAG